UCAACGUCUUACAUUUGUUUUGCUAGCGAUGGUCAGAGUCACAGCAACUUUCAGUUGCACUCAGUUUUCAACAUUGUGAAUUAUCAGGUCAUAAUGGAGGAAUCAGAAAUUUUAAGAUUGGCCGCCGCAGAAAGAAGUUCGUCUUUGGGAGAGGAAUUCAGUUUUGACAGCAUUUUCAGUGACAGAGAAUGGACGCACGAGCUGCUGAAAGAGGAGGAAGAAAAAGAAGAUCCCCACGUGCUCAUCUUCCUGCAGGAGUACGAGGCCUUGUUUUCUAAAGUGACCGCCUCUUACAGUCAUACCUUAAAGCUCCAGAAACUAGUCCGUCGUCUCAAAGCCGAUCUGGUCUGCACUGCAACUAAAGCGGGGGUCGUCGCCUCCAUGUACAACAGUUCUGAGGAGAUGAUUGCAAACAUGAAGAAGGAAGUCAUCGCCGCCUACAACCAGAUGGUGGAGGCCAAGGACGUCGAAGACGGGACUCGCAAACGUCUAAAUAAGCUGCUGGCGGAUAAGCGAAGGCUAGAGCAGAUCCUGAAAACAACAGAGGCAGACGCUCCACAUGAACUGAUGCAAAAGUUUCAGAACAAAAUAUCAAAGGCGGCUGCCGUCACUGCACUUCGCGACCAGCACGUGCAGGAAGUAGAACGUCUUCGCCCGCAGCUGAACAACGCCACACAGGAAGCCAUGAAACUUGCUCAAACCCUCGUUGCACAUGAGAAACAGAAGGUGGAGAUGAAAGCGGCAGUGGACCGAUUGAAGGAGCAGGCAAAUAAGGAAGAAGAAAGACGCAAAUUAGUGCUGGGGCAGCUGGAGGAGGCGCGAUCACAGGCAGGUGUCUGCGCAACGGCUAUCAACAACUUAAGGCAACACCUGGUCAUAGUUAGCGAUGACUGCGAUGCCCUGCAGGAACUCUACAAGGAAACAAAAGCUGCGGGAAAGAAAGUUUCAGUACUGUUACCAGAAUACGCCUUAAGAGUUAACACCAUGCAGCAAAAUUUGGACGCUCAACUCGCCCUCAUACGCCAGAGGGAGCAGGAGAUCCAAACAUUACAGACAGAUUACAGGUUACGGUUGGAGGAUUUAAACGCGGUAAAGGCGUUGAACGAACGCUUUCAUAUUAGAUGUACAGCUAUCCAACAGAGAAUGAAAGCAUCAUCAGACCAGUUGAGCACAAUCUUGAAGAGUAAGCAGGAAUAUAAGGCAGAAAUAUCAAAACUGCAACAAGAGCUCGACGAAAGGAAGUCAAAGUCGUUAUAUGUAGCAAAAGAUCAGUUACAGUUGAUAAAGGAGAGCGAUUCACUAAAAAGAACACUGAUGAAAGCAAAGUCUUUAAUGCAAAAAGACAUUUCGAUGAUGGCCAUUAACAAGGUCACCAACCACAGGUUAAAACAAGAGAACGACAGGUACAAGUCAGAGUUUCGCGCACAGGCGAAGCAAGGCAUGAGGUUCCAAGCAGAAGGGGAUAAAUACGACGGUUAUGUCACCAAAAUCACUGUCAAGAUUCUGCGUUUGACGGAUCAAGAACGCAGGGUUGUGGAAGACAAUUUUGACAUCAUGCAAGUCAUCGCGGAACAGGAGACCAGAGUGAUGGAGCUAGGAAACCUGACGGAGGUGGCGAGAACAGAACAUGCCCUCUACACACGGAGCAUCUUGUACAUACAGGGGCUGAUCGGAAAGCUGAAAGAGAAGGCCCUGGGGCAUCUGCUUGAGAUCCAGAAGCUCGUCCUAGAACGGGAUUACCGGGAUCAGUGCUUAGUGCAAGGAGAUUUGGAAAUCCAUAAGCUGGCGCGUCAGAUUAGCCUCCUUAAGGAACAUUUAGGAGAAAAGAGAAGAUCCAACGCUUCUCUCAGGAACACCGUCGAAAACGAAGACGCAGAGGAGAGGAAACUGGUUAAAAUCAAAGGGGCAUUAGAUGCGGAGUACCUACGAGAACACAAAUCCUUGAUGCAGGUGGUGCAAGAAUGCGACACACUUAACGUGUCCCUUAUACGACGUCAUUACGAGUUGCAAGACCUGUACGAGAAAGUACGCCUCAAACAGUCGUUACUGAUCAAGGGCGAAAACAUGUACAACUUGCGCUGCAAGGAGAAACGGGAAACGUCCCAAGAGCUACACAGGAAAAUUGCCCGUCUCCGGGUUCACCAUAGGCAUCGAGAGGUCGUGGAGAAGCUCAGGUCAGCCAUCAGUCACAUCCGCGAUGUCAUCCUGCACAUCCAGUUGCGAACCAAGCGACUGACUGACGUCCUUACCUUCCCCAGGAACAUCCACCGCUGGCGAAACCUCAAGAGCCGCGAUCCUGCAGCGUUCGAGAUGCUGCAAGAAAUCAACACCAUCAACAAACAGAUGUUUUCCAAAACUAACACAACAAAAGCGACGAUUGAGAAGAUACACGAACUGGACACUGAAUAUGUACGAAACCAAAUCAUGGUCUUGUCACACCCAAGCCCCGAGAGCGUGCUGCAGCUCAAACAGUACAAAGAAGACCUUGAGUCACGUCUGCUGCAUGUCAAG